CCGUCUCGGCUAGAUCUCUUCGCUCUUUUUCCCCAUAUAACUGAAAAAAGCCCUCGUUUUUGUUUCUCUCUUUUCUUUUUCCUUUUUUUUUUUUUUUCUUUCCUUCUCUGCUCUUGAUGGAGGUUGGCAGCUUCCAUCACGAGCAAAUCCAUCAGAAACCCUAAUUAUUUUGUCUUAGCAAAACCCUAGGGAUUAGAAUUAAGGAGAAUUCCGGAUGUUUCCGUGGAACUUCGCCAAAUCGGCGGAGGAGAUGUUCUCCCAGUGGGCGAUCAAGCGCGUCUGCAAAUUCUUGUUGAAGAAGAAAUUGGGGCAGUUCAUAUUGGGGGACGUCGAUCUCGACCAGCUCGACGUGCAGCUCAGCGCCGGCACCAUUCAGCUUUCUGAUGUCGCGCUCAAUGUCGAUUAUCUUAACCAGAAGUUAGGUGCAGCAGCAGCUGUUGUUGUAAAAGAAGGAUCAAUUGGCUCUCUCUCAGUUAAAAUGCCUUGGAAGGUUAAUGGUUUUCAGAUUGAUGUAGAUGAACUUGAGCUUGUUCUUGGCCCAUGUGUGGAGAAUAAUCCUUCAAGCGGAGAUGAAACUUCUGUUCACAAUCAAGUUGGUAACCAUGACAUCAGCCAAGACUUUCGAAAGUUUGAGAAUGAGAUGGUGGAUAAUGCUGCAACUUCUGCUUCUUUGGAUGUCCAUGAAGGUGUUAAGACAAUUGCCAAGAUGGUGAAAUGGUUGCUAACAAGCUUCCAUGUGAAGGUAAGAAAACUUAUUGUUGCCUUUGAUCCAUGUUCGGAGAAGAAUGAAAAGAAGACAGGGUUUCAAAAAGCCUUGGUUCUUAGAAUCGAUGAAACAGAAUGUGGGACAUGUGUUUCUGAAGAUGAUAAUUCGAAUGGCGAUGCAAGGGUUGAGAGCUUUCUUGGAAUAAGUCGACUAACAAACUUCAUAAAAUUUCAAGGAGCAAUAAUCGAACUUCUUCAAAUUGAUGAUGUUGACCAUCAAACAUCAUUUCCAUGUACUUCAGGAAGCUUCAGUGAACUGCUUUCUGGGUUUUGUCCAUCAAAUGCUACAACUCCAAUCCUGACAGGGGAAGGAGGUGGAUUUUCAGGGACUGUAAAAUUAAGUAUGCCUUGGAAGAAUGGUUCAUUAGACAUCCACAAAGUAGAUGCGGAUGUUUAUAUUGAUCCCAUAGAAUUGAGAUUUCAACCAAGCACAAUUAACUGGUUCUUACUUUUAUGGGAAUCUCUUAAGAGUUUGGGUAGGGAUGGGCUGGAUGGCAAAGAGCGUAUCCAUCACAAGACAACUGAAUCUGUUUCUAAUUUGGCAUCUUAUUGCCAUUCAUCAACCUUGGCUUCUGCUGCAGUUGCUACUGAUGAGGUGAUACCAACUUGUGAGAAUUUUGCUGCAGACUUCUGUUCUACAACGGGGCAAGAAUCGGUGACAGAUAUUCUGCUACCGCAUCUUAUAUCAGAUUGGGUGCCAUUUUCUGUCAAUGACCAGAAAGAAGAGGAGGUAGCUUUUGGGGCAAGUGUAGACCAGUUUUUUGAAUGUUUUGAUGGAGUGAGAAGUUACCAAUCAGCUCUAGGAAACAGCGGGAUAUUGAACUGGACUUGUUCUGUUUUCAGUGCAAUAACUGCAGCAUCCAGUCUUGCAUCUGGAUCUUUGUAUGUCCCCACCGAACAGCAGCAUGUUGAAACUAAUCUUAAGGCAACUAUUGCUGGAAUUUCUGUUGUGUUUGCCUUCCAUGAUGAAAAUCAGAGGCAUUCAUGUGAUCUGGGUGGUGCUCAGGCAAAUGUUGGUUUGAAUGUUCAUUAUCUUGGUGCAGAAUGCAGAGACAUGCUUUUUAUCUUGCAGGUAUCUCCUCAAAAUAUGAAGUUUGAAGUGACAGUGAAACAUAUUGAACUUGCUGAUUACUUUAGGGAUGAAAAGGAUGUUAUGGAUUUUGCAUUGCGUGGUUAUAAUAACACAACUCUUUUGGUGCAACAUCUGCAAGCUGAAGUUCAAGGUGCCCUUCCUCCAUUUGCCUUGUCAGCUGAAGAUCCUGAUAUAGAAAUACAUAGAUCUGGUUCUGCAAGUUUUAAUGAGAAUGAUGUGGUCAAGGUUAUGUUGCUUAGAACUUCAGGUGUCAGUCAUUGCCUAUCUACUGUAAAUUCUAGUUCUGUAAAUGGCAGUUUGGCAGGGACAACAUCAUUUUCAUUGAAGCUGCCACCAAUUGUUUUCUGGGUGAACUUUCAGACAAUAAAUGCAUUAUUGGAUCUUUCAAAGGAAUUUGAAAAUUCCCUUGAAAUGAAUUGCAAUAGAAGUGGUUUUCCAUCGGAGGCCUUCACUGUGAAGUAUGGAUCAUCACAGGAGGAUGUGAAGGGAGGUUCUGGAUCUUUUGAUACUACCUUGUCUUCAAGAAAGAGUUUGCGAGGAAAUAUAUUCCUGCCCAAUGCAAGAGUAAUUUUAUGCUUUCCUUUUGAGACUGAUGAAAAUUCUGGAUGCUACUCUUCCUGGGAUCAAUUUUUGGUUCUUGAUUUAUCUUUACCAUCAUCUUUGGAUAAAGGAAUAAUUCAAGACACAUGUACAAUUCCAAAUGCAGACUCUCAGAAUGGGUUUUCCUCAAGAGCCUCACGAUCCUUGCAUUUGAAUGUUGGUAACCUUGACAUUUACUUGGUCACUUCUUCCUGUGAAGAUGGCUGUGAGAUUAAUUCCCGUGAUGUGCAGCGGCAUGGAUUUUCUGCUCAUAGAAUUCUAUCUGCCACUAACAGAACAAGCAGUUUUUCAGUCAUUAGCAUGCUUUGGCAGGAGAGGCCUGUGACUGGUCCUUGGAUAGCAAAGAAAGCCAAGUUGUUAGUUACUUCAGAGGAUUCAAGGACCAGAAAUAAAUUCGUGGGAAAAGGUUAUGAGUUUGCUUCUGUGACUACUGUGAAAGAUCUGGGAGAUUUAAAUUCUUGCACACGACGAGAGAUGAUUCUGAGUUCUGCGUUUUUCCUCCAUCUCCGUCUAUCACCUAUUACUGUCAAUCUGAGCAGUUCUCAGUACAAUGAUUUGCAUCAUCUUAUAAAUCAAGUGACAAAUGGAUUAUCACGUGUAGCCUGUGAUCCAGUCAGUGUUAGUGAAGAAGCUUCUGUCACACAGAUGUCAAUCCUUGUGGAAUGUGAUUCAGUGGAAAUUUUAAUUAAUCUGGAUAGAGUGGAGAGUAUCAAAGGUUCAUUGCAGAGUGAACUACCUGGUUCAUGGCAUAGUCUAAAACUGAAAAUUCAGAAGUUUGAGUUGCUAUCUGUCUCAAAUAUUGGAGGAAUUAAGGGUGCCAAAUUUCUUUGGUUUGCCCAUGGUGAAGGAAAAUUAUGGGGUUCUAUCACGAGUGCUCCAGAGCAAGAGCUUCUUUUGAUCUUGUGUAGCAACUCUACAAUGAAACGUGGUGAUGGAGAAGGUUUAAAUAAAUUAUCAUCUAGAUUAGCUGGUUCUGAUAUAAUACACCUCUGGGAUCCAGAGAGUGUCCACAGUUAUGCAUCCAUAACCGUCAGAUGCAGCACAGUUAUUGCAGUAGGUGGACGCUUGGAUUGGUUGGAAGCGAUAUCCUCUUUUUUCAGUUUGCCCUCUGCUGAAACUGAACAACCAGGUUACAACAGUUCCCAAAAUGGGGAUUUAAGUUCAUCCUUUGGUUCUUCAUUUUAUCUUAACCUGGUGGAUAUUGGUUUGAGUUAUGAGCCUUACUUUAAGCAUUUGCUGGGCAGUAGUGAUGUUCUUGAUUCUGACUCUAUUUCUUCUGCCAAUUAUAAGGAAGAAGUGUGUGAACGGUAUGUUGCUUGUAUGUUAGCUGCAUCUUCCUUGAAUCUUUCUAACACAACAAUGGCAGAUUCCACUGAUAAUGAAUACAAGAUUAGAAUACAAGAUCUGGGGCUUCUUGUAUGUGCGGUGUCAGAGCCUGAGAAUGUUGGUGGCAUUUAUAGUUCAGAACGUCUUCACAAAGUUGGCUAUGUCAAGGUUGCUGGGGAGGCACUUUUUGAAGCAAUUUUGAGAACUAACUGCAGGAAUGGCCUUCUCUGGGAAUUAGAAUGUUCCGAAUCUCAUAUUCACCUGGAUACUUGCCAUGACACCACUUCUGGUCUCAUCUGUUUGGUUUCUCAGAUCCAACGGCUUUUUGCUCCUGACGUGGAGGAAUCGAUUAUCCACUUGCAGACAAGGUGGAACAAUGUUCAGCAGGCACAAGAAAGGAAUGAUUCCAGUGAUGAAACCAUGAUCUUCAACAGUGAUUCUGCUCCACCAGCCGCUCAAGUGCAUACUUCGAGUGAUGAUGCGAAGACUGAACAUGGGGUGUUUGCUUUGAUGGAUGAAAUAUGUGAAGAUGCAUUUAACUUAGGUGGACAUGCAGCCUCCCAAUUGGGUUCUUGUGAAUCACAAAUUCAUAUAUCACUUGAUGGAAGUUUUCUUGGAGAGGCGUGUAACCUUAACAUUAGAACCCCUGAAUUUUUCUCUCGUAAUCUAUCCUUCAAUGGGACAGUUCCUGUAAUAGGACUGGAUAGUCAUCAAUCGUCAGUUCCACAAAAUGGUGGCUUUCCCGAAUUCAUAGAAAGUUAUUACAUGUCGGAGUCAAGCCAUCUGUCAGAAAUAUCUGCAGCCAAGGAAUCUUCGCAUGAGAUUCUGGAAUUUAAAUCCAGAAAUAUGGGAAAUGAAGAUCUUGAAAGAGGAAACAGUGGAUGGUAUGGGGAUGCCUCAUUAAGAAUUGUUGAAAACCAUAUUCCAGAAAUGAGCGAGCAGGCUGGCUUGAGACAGUCUGUAAAAGGCAAGCUUCCUUCUACUGACCAUAGAAGACCUGAUGAUCUAGGAAAGGCCAGAGGACGUGUACUCCUUAAAAAUGUUAAUGUCAGAUGGAAAAUGUUUGCUGGUUCUGACUGGAAUCACCCUGGAAAGACUGGCCAGCCUUCUGCAAAUAUUAGUGGAAGGGAUGCAGCCACAUGCCUGGAGCUUGCACUAUCUGGGAUGGACUUUCAGUAUGACAUUUUUCCAGAUGGAGAAAUAUUUGUAUCUAAGCUUUCUCUCUUUAUUAAGGAUUUUCAUCUUUAUGAUAACAGCAGAGAUGCACCAUGGAAACUGGUGCUGGGUUAUUAUCAUUCAAAAGAUCAUCCUAGAGAGUCCUCUUCAAAAGCAUUCAAGUUGGACUUAGAAGCUGUCAGACCAGACCCUUCAACUCCUCUUGAGGAGUAUAGGUUACGGAUUGCUGUUCUUCCUAUUCUAUUGCAUCUUCAUCAGGGACAACUUGAUUUUCUUGUUAGCUUUUUCGGGGGAAAAAAUCAGUCAGUUGACCAGUCUCCAAGUCAUUGCCAUGGUUCAGAUGGGACAAAAUUAUCAUCAACAAAGAAUAGCAAUUUUGCAAGGCAUGCUAUUUCAGAGGAGGCAUUGCUUCCUUAUUUUCAGAAGUUUGAUAUAUGGCCUAUUCUUGUGCGGGUUGACUACAGUCCCUGUCGUGUUGAUCUAGCUGCGUUAAGUGCCGGGAAGUAUGUAGAGCUUGUUAAUCUUGUUCCCUGGAAGGGGGUUGAACUUAAUCUCAAACACGUCCACGCUGUUGGUGUGUAUGGAUGGAGCAGUGUAUGUGAAACAAUUAUAGGGGAAUGGUUGGAAGAUAUUUCUCAAAAUCAGAUUCAUAAAUUGUUGCAAGGUCUUCCAACAUUUCGAUCAUUGGUUGCUGUUAGUUCUGGUGCUGCAAAGUUUGUUUCUUUGCCUGUUAAGAACUACAAGAAGGACCGCAGACUAAUCAAGGGAAUGCAACGAGGCACAAUUGCAUUUCUUAGAAGUAUUUCACUGGAAGCUGUUGGACUGGGGGUACAUUUGGCAGCAGGAGCUCAUGAAAUCUUACUCCAAGCAGAAUAUAUUCUUUCAAAUAUUCCAUCUUCUGUACCAUGGCCUGUAGAAAAUAGAAUAAAGGCAAAUAUAAGAACUAAUCAACCUAAAGAUGCACAACAAGGAAUCCAGCAGGCUUAUGAAAGUCUCAGUGAUGGUCUUGGGAGAUCUGCUUCUGCUUUAGUUCAAACUCCCUUGAAAAAAUAUCAGCGUGGAGCUGGUGCAGGAUCUGCUUUGGCAACUGCUGUUCAAGCAGCUCCGGCCGCUGCAAUAGCUCCUGCUUCUGGUCUAGCCCGUGCAGUACAUUGUGCUCUUCUUGGAGUCAGAAAUAGCCUUGAUCCCGAGCAUAAAAAAGAGUCCAUGGAGAAAUAUUUGGGUCCUGCUGGAGUCAGAAAUAGCCUUGAACUCGAGCAUAAAAAAGAGUCCAUGGAGAAAUAUAUGGGUCCUGCUGGAGUCAGAAAUAGCCUUGAUCCUGAGCAUAAAAAAGAGUCCAUGGAGAAAUAUUUGGGUCCUGCUGGAGUCAGAAAUAGCCUUGAUCCCGAGCAUAAAAAAGAGUCCAUGGAGAAAUAUUUGGGUCCUGCUGGAGUCAGAAAUAGCCUUGAUCCCGAGCAUAAAAGAGAGUCCAUGGAGAAAAAUUUGGGUCCUGCUGAGCCUCGGGAACAGAUUUAAUGGGUAUUGAAAACAUGCCUGAGUUAUUGAGAAGGUAGUUCUUUUGCUUCGCCACCCAAAAGAAAAAACAGAGAAAGAAGCAGAGGAAGAAGAAGAACAAGAAGAGAAGGAGAAGAAGAAGAAGAGGAAGAGAAAGAAGAAGCAGAAGGUCACUGAACCCGUCCAUUUGGCUUCUGUGGAGGAGCCUCUUGUAUCAUGUGUACAGUUAAUGGAACUAUUAAACAGAUUCUUUCCCAUAGGAACAAACAAGCCAGAAAUCCUGUACAAAAUGUAAAUAUCAGAUGUGCUUUUAAGUUUUUGGCAAUAUAGUUGAGCCUUGUAAUUGUAAUGAUCUAAUAGGCUUUAGCAUGUUCUAUUGUGUAAUUACACGGUACUUUUAUUCUUUUGAAGCCUUUGAUAUAAAGCAUGCCGCUUCCAUUUGUUUA